AUGGGCAAUAGCCAAUCAUGUUGUGCUUACUCUAGCCCCAAACAAAUUCAAAAUGCUCGCCACAAGCAAAAAGAGGAUAUAUAUCGUCCAGCUUGUCCUGAAGAUAUUGGAGCGUCUGGCCCAGGUGGUGUAAGUGUGGUCGGAGGGCUGACCAGUGGGGGUGCCCAAAAACAGAGUCACAGCAACUUGCAACAUAUCAGUGACCGUGAACCAGAGGAUAUUGAUGGUGACCCUUCAAACAACCCAACAGCACGUACGCUGUUCCUUGCUCGUUCCAAAACCAAUUUCAAGAACAACAAAAUCCGGCGUAGAAGCCAAUAUGACCUUCAUCACCAGAAUUCAGAACAUGGACAGCUUAAGAAAUUCAGCUCUUGUUCAACAAUUUUUAUUGAUGAUUCAACUGUAAGUCAACCCAAUUUGAAAAACACCAUCAAGGCUGUUGCUUUGGCUAUUUAUUUCCAUAUAAAAAAUCGUGACCGAAAUGGCCAAACAGACAACAGUGCUCGAUAUCUUGACAUCUUUGAUGAGAAACUCCACCCAUUGUCUAAAGAAGCUGUCCCUCCAGAUUAUGAUAAAAGAGAUCCAGAACACAAAGCCAUUUAUCGUUUUGUCCGAACUUUGUUUACAGCAGCCCAAUUAACUGCAGAAUGUGCCAUUGUUACUUUGGUCUAUCUUGAGAGGCUUUUAACCUAUGCUGAAAUGGAUAUUUCUCCUUCAAACUGGAAACGCAUUGUUCUGGGUGCCAUUUUGUUAGCAUCUAAAGUAUGGGAUGAUCAGGCUGUUUGGAAUGUUGACUACUGCCAGAUUUUGAAGGAUAUACAAGUGGAAGAAAUGAACGAAUUGGAAAGGUUGUUUCUGGAGAUGCUCCAGUUCAACAUCAAUGUGCCCUCCAGUGUUUAUGCAAAGUAUUAUUUUGAUUUACGAGCUCUUGCUGAUGCACAUGAUUUAUCGUUCCCUCUGGAGGCCCUCAGUAAAGAGCGUGCUCUCAAAUUGGAGGCAAUGUCCAGUGUAUGUGAAGAUAAAAUGAAAAUGUGGCUGAAGAAAGACUUGAAACGGUCAGCUAGUUUGGAUGGCUUGACUUCUUUCCAGACUUGCAGUAAGGCCAUCUUGUCCUGA